AUGCCCGCCAAGUAUUGGAAGAAACACCCUAAGUUAAGUCCACAAAGGGACUCAUCUAACAAGCGGAGCCCGCCGAGUUCUAAGAGACCGAGGAUCAAUAUCUUGAGGGUGAAGAUGACGACCCUUUAUACCCACGCACCGUCCCCCCGGUGGAUCCUAGACUCGGCCGCCACCAGCCACACCUGCUGGGACCGGAGCUGCUUCAGCAGCUUGCGGCCCUACCGUGAUAUGCUGGGCACAACGGGUGAUCCAUAUGAACCUGAUCAGUGUGCCGAAACUGAUACGAUACCGCUACUGGGUGGUAGCACGCCUGUAGAACAUCUUUAUACAACGCUGAGGACGGACUGUCGGGACUUCCUACCAUGCGAUGGACCCAUUAAUCCUACGGUGCCAAGUGAGCAAGAGAUUCCGUGA